UAUGUCCCUCGCCUCUACAUUUGUGCAAGUGUUCAAUGAUGUUGUUAAUGGAAUGGCUGCAUUAGGCAUUCAUGUGGUUGCUGCCGCUGGAAAUUUUGCUGAUGAUGCUUGCCUGUAUUCACCAGGAUCCGCUGCAAAUGUUAUAACAGUUGGUGCCACUGAUCCUACCAUCAAGCUUCUCCUCAUGGUAUCCGUAAUAAGUGGUCUUGAUACGUCGUCUCCAAAUAUAUUUUUGCGUGUUCCAUCUCUACCUUCUGAAUGCUCCGAGUCCACGCCCGAUUCCGAUCCCGAUCAGAAUCAGGACUCAACUCUAGACCUUUCAGAUCCAGACCUAGACUUCUUAGAUCAAGAUCUAGACCUCCCAGAUCAAGAUCAAGACCUAGACUUCUCAGACCAAGAUCAAGACCUAGACUUCUCAGACCAAGAUCAAGACCUAGACUUCUCUGACCUAGAUCUCUCUGACCCAUCCCUAGACUUCUUAGACCCCCAAGAUCCUCCAAACACCUCAGAUCUAGACCUUGGACUAUAA